GCUACUGUACGCGCAGACUAGUAAAGGCUGCUUGAAUGCAGCAAGUGCAGUCUGCAGACAUCCACCAAGUAGAGGUACACGCGCUGUGGGGCCGGUCUUGCCUAGUAAAGAUCGAUUACGCGACCAGGACAUGGGAGUAGAAAUAGAAACCAUUAUUCCCGGCGACGGAAGAACUUUCCCUAAAAAGGGGCAGACCUGCGUGGUGCAUUAUGUUGGCCUAUUUCCAGACGGACGCAAAUUUGACUCAUCCCGUGACAGGUCCAAGCCCUUAAGGUUCAAAAUGGGCAUGCAGGAGGUAAUCCGAGGCUGGGACGAAGGGGUGGUGCAGAUGAGUGUGGGCCAGCGAGCCAAGCUGACAUGUUCACCUGACUAUGCCUACGGAACCAAAGGCCACCCGGGCCUCAUCCCUCCCAACGCUACCCUUAUCUUUGAUGUCGAGCUCCUUGGUCUAGAAUGAGAUGAAGGCACAACUUUUUUUUUUUUGUGUUGAUUUUUAUGUAAGUAUCCUAUUGGAUACUUUUGGACACUCUUUAGAGACAUGUUUUCUGCCAGGAAUAUACAUGGGAUCCUAUGUUUAUGACCAUUUUAGUACCAGCAACAUAAUCCAAGUUUGUACGGUACUACUAGUCAACAUGCAAUGUACUCCAUCAUUAACCUAUGCUAAUGCAGUCAGAAAAUCAUAAUUACACACUUGCAUUACAUUUUUGCAUGAAAUCCACUCAUGUGCAGUACAACUGGAGGAAGCAGAAUUAGAGUAUGGUUGGUUACCGUUUCAUCAAACCUACAACAAUUUGUCAGGUGCUGACUCUGCAUGAGUAUGCUAAUCGCUUCCAAAGGAACAAUUAGCAGUGACUGCUUCAACAGUGCGAUCUUUAGAAUGAUAUAUAUUUCACCACCACAGUUUUCUUUAUUUCUCAUCAGUACAAUACUAACUGAAUUGAAUGUUAGUUAGGGGUGCAGAGUAGAGCCAAUUGUUAUUUGUAAAUGUAGUUUUUCUGUUUAGUGCCUGUACGUUGACCUCCAACAGCCACCCUUGCCGAACUUGCAUGCAAAGCCUUUCAUUUUCUUUGCUUUUAUUUCUUUUUUUUUUCCUAAAUAAUUUCAACACAUCUUUCAACCCCCGUUUAGAGCACAAAACAAAACAGAGGUAGAAUACAAUUUGGUGGCAUUCACUAGAUUUUUAGGGGGCAAAUGCUUGAAAUGUGACCAUCACCCUACUAUGUUUUUGUAAAUACCUGUUCCUAAAAUUGUGUAAGUAUUUUUCAGGUGAUAGUUUUUUUUCUUGUGGAUCAGAAAAUGGUGAGAUCCUGGUGGUUAUGUAUCCAACAAUAAAUGUUUUUAAAAAUAAAGGAGUAUAAGUGAAGAAGGCAUUGGUUGUGGUUGCUGCAACUGGUGAAGCAGCAGUCCUCCUCUAUACUAUGUGGUUUUACGCUGGUAUGUUGUAUGUAAAUGCACUAUGCAGGAUCGACAAAGAAAUAAAAAUGAAAGUAC